AGAGAUCCAAUAGCAAUUUAGAAGAGCAAACCAGUAGUGCAUAUGUAUAUUUUAUUAUAGAAAGAAAAGUAACCGAUAAAUGAUACGAAAAUGAAGCAAAAGACAGUACAAGUGGGUUUUGGCACUGUCACUGAUUGGAUUCGAGCUGGUCAUGGAUUCCCAUACUCAUUUUUCUAACCCCUCCACCACGUGCACACUUCAUCACCUCCUUAACUCACCAAUCACUUCUUUCAAGUCCCCAACUAUCCUUAAAUAAAUAUAUAUAAACAAAGAUUUUGGAUCCAAUCCCACGCACACAUACAUACAUAAAUAUAUAUGGAUAUGUACGCGGAGGGUCACACACACAACUGUUAAAAGUUUCAGAUUUUUUCAUGCCUAGUUGCCUAUAUUAUAUUUAUCUGUGCAUGCAAGAGCUAGUGUGAAAGGGCAUGCAUUUAUAAUAUAAUAGUACUGAAAGCAUCACUGAGGAGAUCAUAUAUUUGAUAUAUACUUCUUCUUGUUGAAGCAAAAACACAGAAAGAAGUUUCAAGUUUCUACCGGGUGAAGAAGAUGGACAAGUACGAGGUAGUGAAGGAUUUGGGAGUUGGGAAUUUUGGCGUGGCAAGACUCUUGAGGCACAAGGAGACCAAGGAGCUUGUUGCCAUGAAAUACAUCGAACGUGGCCUCAAGAUUGAUGAGAAUGUGGCUAGAGAGAUUAUCAACCACAGAUCACUUCGGCACCCCAACAUAAUCCGAUUCAAGGAGGUGGUUUUGACCCCCACACAUUUGGCUAUUGUGAUGGAAUAUGCAGCCGGCGGAGAGCUUUUUGAACGAAUCUGCAAUGCCGGUAGAUUCAGUGAAGAUGAGGCUAGAUACUUUUUUCAGCAGCUGAUCUCUGGUGUCAAUUAUUGUCAUUCCAUGCAAAUAUGCCAUAGAGAUUUGAAGCUGGAAAACACACUUUUGGAUGGAAGCCCUGCACCACGCUUGAAGAUUUGUGAUUUUGGUUAUUCUAAGUCAUCUCUGCUUCAUUCAAGACCCAAAUCUACAGUUGGAACUCCGGCAUAUAUUGCACCGGAGGUGCUUUCACGGCGAGAAUAUGACGGCAAGAUGGCAGAUGUAUGGUCAUGUGGAGUGACUCUAUAUGUUAUGCUGGUGGGAGCAUAUCCUUUCGAAGACCAAGAUGAUCCCAGGAAUUUUAGGAAAACAAUUCAGAAAAUAAUGGCUGUUCAGUACAAAAUCCCUGACUAUGUUCACAUAUCUCAAGAUUGCAAGCACCUGCUCUCUCGCUUAUUUGUUGCAACUCCAUCCAGGAGAAUUACACUUAAAGACAUCAAGAACCACCCUUGGUUUUUAAAGAACUUGCCAAGAGAACUAACAGAGUCUAAUCAAGCUAUCUAUUACCAGAGAGACAACCCAAGCUUCUCUCUUCAAAGCGUGGAUGAGAUCAUGAAAAUUGUGGGGGAGGCAAGAAACCCACCUCCAUCAUCUAGGCCUGUCAGGGGCUUUGGCUGGGGAGCUGAAGAAAAUGAGGAAGGUGGCGAAGACAUAGAUGCAGAGGUGGAGGAAGAAGAUGAUGAAGAAGAUGAGUAUGAUAAGAGGGUCAAAGAGGUUCACGCAAGUGGAGAAUUUCAUAUCAGUUAAGAAAAUCAUCUCUCUCUAAGCACUAGAUAAUUAAAGUGUCUAAUUUUGUGACAUUAAUAUUUACCAAAUUUGUGUGUAUAAUAGUUAAUAACUAAUGCUACAAACUCAAACAAUUGUCAAUUCUGAGGGCUAUAUUUUCUUGCAGUGUAACUUGUAAUGUUUGGCCUGUGCAUCUAAUCUAAUAUUUGUGUCA